AUGUCUAUCUUGGAAUGGAAUUCAAAAUGGUAUGCCACUACCGAGUCACUUCAAUAUGACACGGCCUCAUACAACCAUCUGGACGGCGUCGAGCGACUCAAGCCUUACCCAGGCGCUUCCUUCAGGAGCAUCCACUACCAACCCAGCGGUUGCUGCUCCAGGCGUUGCGACGAAACAUUCCCUCACCUGGAGAACUCGUAUAGGCCCAGUAAUUGGUGGACUAAUCGGGGCCCUCUGUUUAUGCAUUGGCAUCGCUGUUCUGAUGGCAUUUCGCCGUCGUCGGCGCAGCAAUAUUCGCGCUACCAAAUGGUCAAGGCUCCCAUCCCCGGCCCCGAAAAUACCGAUGCGGAAAUGACUGAAAAGCCUAUAGUAAUACCCCUUCAACCCACGUAUUCUCGGGGUGUUAUAAGCUUUGAUAUUGCAUCCGAUGUCAAUGAGCACGGGCACUCCUCUGCUGAUAGCAGACUCACGAUGGGCAGCGAAACGACUGCUGAGUUUUAUGUCAACAGUUUGAAUAUCCCCUCGCCAUUCUCCACCAAUUUCCGUGCAUCCGUGGUAACCAGGAUACGAGACUUGGAGGAAGUUGAUCCCUCCAUCAGACCAGGGAGGGAUGGCAGUUCAACUUUGUUUUCAUAUUCAGCUCCGUAG